UUGAGAAGAAGAGGGGAAAGAUGGCGUCCUCUAACAAUCCUCGCAAAUUUAGCGAAAAAAUCGCUCUGCAUAACCAGAAACAGGCGGAGGAGACCGCGGCAUUCGAGGAGGUCAUGAAGGAGCUGAACAUCACCAGAGCGGCCCGGUUGCAGUUACAGAAGACCCAGUAUUUGCAACUAGGGCAGAAUCGUGGACAGUACUAUGGAGGCUCACUGCCCAAUGUCAAUCAGAUUGGAAAUGGCAACAUUGACCUGCCUUUUCAGAACUCGGUGCUGGAUACCAGUCGAACAACCAGGCACCAUGGGCUGGUGGAGCGUGUUUACCGUGACCGGAACCGCAUCACAUCUCCUCACCGCCGGCCGCUGUCAGUCGACAAACAUGGACGCCAAAUUGACAGCUGUCCUUACAGCUCAGUUUACCUCUCACCACCGCCAGACACUAGCUGGAGAAGGACAAAUUCAGACUCUGCCUUACACCAGAGCGCCAUGAAUCCGAAGCCCCAGGAGGUGUUUGCAGGGGGAUCACAGGAGCUGCAGCCUAAACGAGUACUGCUGCUAACAGUGCCUGGGAUGGAGGACUCGGAGUCGAACGCAGACAAGGAUGCACAGUUGUGGAAUGACAAGAAGGAUGAGUCGGAGCCCAACACAUGUGAUGUCCCUGGAAUCAAUAUAUUCCCAUCACCAGACCAGGAAUUGAACCCGUCUUUGCUCCCAGCUGCACACAACACCGGCGGUUCGCUGCCUGAUCUGACCAACAUCCAGUUCCCUCCUCCACUGUCCACUCCGCUGGACCCCGAGGACACUGUGGCCUUCCCCUCCCUCAGCUCGUCCAACAGCACGGGCAGCCUGACCACCAACCUCACCCACCUGGGCAUCAGCGCAGCCAGUCACGGGAUCCCCACCUCCUCUCAGCCCACCAUGACUGUAACGGCACAGCGCCGGCAACCUCCGGUGGUGCCGCUCACCCUCACCUCUGAACUCCAUCUCCAACAGUCGCCACAGCAGUUCUCUCCCACCCUGUCCUCACCGGUCAACAUCACACAGGCCGUUCCAACAGAGACAUUGACCCUGGAGCAGCUUGCCCAGUAUCCCCUGUUCAACCAGUUGACGGUUCAGGCCCAGCUUCAGCUGCUCAGCGACCUGCAGAAGCAGCAGCAGGUCCUGUCGCAGGGCAUCCAGCUCAUCACGUUCCCAACUCCAGCCUCCACUGGCACCGCCAGCAGCCCCUCCCCAGACAGCCAGACCCAGACAAUCGCCAGCAUCAGCAUCAGCUCGUACCGCAAUCAGACUGGCUCACCAGCCACUCAGUCUCCAACCUCCCCAGUCUCCAAUCAAGGCUUCUCCCCCGGCGGCUCACCUCAACACAUCCCCAUAGUGGGCAGUAUAUUUGGCGACUCCUUCUAUGAUCAGCAGUUGACAUCGAGGCAGACCAAUGCACUUUCUCACCAGCUGGAGCAGUUCAACAUGAUCGAGAACCCCAUCAGCUCCGCCAGCCUUUACAACCAGUGCUCCACCCUCAACUACACACAGGCGGCCAUGAUGGGCCUCACUGGCAGCAGCCUACAGGACUCUCAGCAGCUCGGCUACAGUGGCCACAGCAACAUCCCCAAUAUCAUCCUCACAGUCACAGGUGAGUCUCCUCCGAGCCUCUCCAAAGAGCUGACCAACUCUCUGGCUGGUGUCGGCGACGUCAGCUUCGACACAGACUCUCAGUUUCCUCUGGACGAGCUGAAGAUCGACCCGCUCACCCUGGACGGACUGCACAUGCUCAAUGACCCCGACAUGGUGCUCGCCGACCCGGCCACCGAGGACACGUUCAGGAUGGACAGGCUGUAACGCUAGAGGCUGACUGUGGCCAAUAACAAGAGGAAAAGAAAAAAUCGAAAAAACACUAACUUGUGAAUGGAGAGAAACAAAGGGCAGGAAGAACCCUCUCCCUCGUUGCAUGGCUGUCCAGCUGUCCGACCUCAGGACACCUCCAGUGGUUGCUGGGGAAUGGCCCUGCUGUCACUUUGAAUGAGAUUGGUCGCUCAGUGCUUUCGCUAGCCUGCUGUGUUUACAGUGUACCAUUACAUGCCACAUAUAUUCCAAACGCACAUUUUUUUUCUCUUCAUAUCCACUUGAGUAUUUGUUUAUAUUUGCUCGUAGCAGGAAGCUGCUCGGACAUUGGGCUAAACCGUUUCCUGUUAUAACGGCUGUUAUAUCAAAAAAACUAACAAAAAAGAGAAAAAAAACAAAACUCCAUCCGGUUUGCUUGUACCUGGCGAUCAGGUGACUUGGUUUCCCCCAUCAUGCUGUAACAACUUUCUCUUUCACACCUAAAGCUUUAUUUUUUGACAAACCAAAAGUUAUUUUCAAUCAUGUACUGUACGUUUUGAUGCUUUCUGUAUUGAUAUGUUCUAUUUAUUUAUUUGGUUAAAGAUUUUAUAUUCUAUUUCAUAAUUUAAAUUUGAUGCCAAAAUGCUCUCUGUAAGCAUAGUGUACAAUUGCACUGAUGUAAUUUGUGUCUAUUUAUUAAUCACUAACAUAUUUAUAUUGUGUUUGCUAAGCUACUUGGUUAAUGAAGGAGUGCAAAACCUCCCCAUAGUUGCUCUUCGGUGUUAGAUGUGUCAUUCUCCGAUGUAGGCACGUGGUCGACGCUGCCUCCCAACGCUUAAAUCAAAACCUCCUCGUUUCCACUGAUGGAUGGUUUUACUCCACUGACAUUAUUUUUUAUCUGAGAAAAUCAUCAGGUAUUUCUAUUCAACUAGAAAGCGAGAGAAACGCGUCCAAAAUUAAUGCUCUGCAGGUCAAAAGCCAACACACGUUCAGACUGCCGCCGUCUGAUUUUAAAACCAGAGAACACUACAAUCUCAAACCUUUUGAAGUCGUCACUGUGAAAUCACCUGAUUUUGCCUUACAUGAGUGUUCUACUGUUCUACUCUAGUGUCUGACGUGACCGCGUAUUUUCGUAACUUAUUGUAACAUUUCGUGUAUUUGAGAGGAACUUAACUUUGGAUCAGUGAUACUUGUGGUUCUGUUGUGUAAGGUUUGACAAAUCAAUGUACUGUAUUUUGUAGCGGUACAGUUUUUAGCCAAAUUGUCAAUGUUUUUUAAAAGUGGGGCAAAAGAAAAAAGAAACGUAAAAAAAAGAAAAAAAAAAUCCAAGUAUGGGUUUGAAGUAUUCGAGAAGCGGUGCAAUUAUGGGGAGGCUUUCUGCUCCUGAAGAGGGAAGCUCUAACAAAAUCUCUGCUGAUCUUUUUGCCACAGUCAAUAACAAAGUUCUCUACAGCGAAUAGAGAUUUCCAUGGUCGAUUGUAGGAGAUGACUUAAAACGCCUUCAGACGGUUGCAUCCAUAUGAUGCAAUCUUACAAUUUCAGAGUUUAUGAAAAUAAGGAUUAUUUUUACUAGAGUAAGUAAAGUGAACAGAGAACAUAAACGUUCCGUAGAAGAAAUAAUGAGUUUAUUUAUAUAUUUAAAGUACUUUAUGCAAUUUCUUGCCAGCAACAAGAUCGGCCUUGUUCUAUUCAGCGUUGAAAACAACUAAAAUGGUCACAUCGACAACAACAAUCGAGAACGUAGUUGUCUCUGAAACUCUAAAUGUACUCACAUCAUCACUAACUAUGUCCAUGACACACACGUUUCUUUUUGCCAAAAUGUAUGAAAACAAGUGUCAAAUUUAAAAAACUGCACCUCAGAUUUCAGUGUGCUUCGGCUUUUUGUCAGAGUUUCCCUGAGAGUCGUUUGUAGGUCUGUGGGAUCAUGUUUGGUAUAUUGUUAUAUUUGUGUACAGACGUGCUCAUCACUUACUCACCUAAAGCGCUGUUGGGAAGAAUUCCCCACCUCCCCCUUCUUCUUCUUCUACUUCUUCUUCUUCUUCUUCUUCUACUUCUCUUUCUUCCCGAGACAGGAAUCACGUUUGGUUUUACUGCCCGACUCCCCAGUUUCUCAUCUGCUCUGCUCCUCCACGAAAAGUUUUUCUUUGCCUUCGACAGAUCUGUGAUUCCUAUGCAAAUAAGACGAAACAAAAGAAAUCACCCUUAAAGAAAAAAACUCUCCACCUCCUGAUGCUUUAUUGUUUGACACAUUCCAGAAGUUAAGCUGGAUUUAUACAUUUGAGAUGGUUUGGUGAUGAGGUUUGGAGCUGUCUGUAGUGAUGUGAUCAGUCUGCUUGUGUUGUGUGUGACGUGAUGCCAAAGGUUAAACAUGGUAGGAAUGGCUAUUGAGGACAACAUGGAGAAAGAGAUUCAGUAUCAUCUCCAAUUGGAAGUAGCUUGAGAUAUGUAUAUUGUGAACUAGUGGCCCCGUCCCAGUGCUAACUCUCUGUCCACCGUCAUUGUAUGGUGUUUUUUUUAUUUUAAUUUUAUCCUAGAGCGAGGUCUUCAGUUUGAGAGCUGGACUUUUUUGAUUUCACCUUCAGGUUUUGUACCGCUCUCACUUUAACCUUCACAUCUAAGUAGCCCCUGCUCGUGCCUGGAUUUCAAACGCUGGACAAAUGUGCAUUUUGAGAAUAAGUUGGAUCAAAUUGAAUUGUGAAAUGACGCAGACUUGAUCAUCUGGAGGACGCUGGCUGCAGGAUGUGGAGCUUUUGCAGUGGUGCUAUGACAAUCAAAUGAAAUAGAUAGCAGAACUACGAAUUUAUACAGAGAAGCAUAAAUCCAGCUUUACUUAAUUUUUUUUUUGUAUCUGUUUUAUUUUUCUAAAUUGCUUGCCCCGCCUUUUCUUUUUCUUGAAUCCCUUGUCGAUAAUCUCGACAACCACCUUCACACAAACUGCAUCUCUGCCUCUUCUACAGUUAAUUACUUCUGUGUGUCUCUCUCUCUGAUCCUAAAGGAAAACAACCUAACUUAAGGUUUUAGAUGAAACAUUCAUCUGUAGUUACUGAAAACAUCUGGCAGUUAUUAGCCAGGUCCACUAAAACGAAACCCCCAGCAAUGCACAACACUUUACCAGAAGCCCAUUUUCUUUAUAUAAAGUCAACGUUUUUUUAUUACUUAAAAAAAAUAUGUUCUUAUUUGAUCUUUCAGCCUGAUGUCACCGAUGCAUUGUGGGUAAUGCCAGUGGUUGGAGCUCUCCUGUCAUUUCCUCUUCUCUCAUCCUGCUGAAUAACAGUCAUCCACACUGACCUUGUACAUACGCUAUAGCUGAAACUGAAUGCAUGACUAUACUGACAGAACCUCGACAAACGAAGACCUUCUCUUGCUCCACAGGUUUUGAUCCGUGUAACGUUCAAGCGAUCACACGCUCUAGAGGGAUGCAUGUGUGGGUUUCUCCUGGGCGACAAGUUUCAAUUUCUGUGACUCUGUUACCUCCAUCUCUGUAUUAUGGUUCUUCACGAAUGAUAAAAGAAUGUAACCUCUGUGGCACCGUCCUAUAGUCCCAGCCUGUUGCCAAAUGACCCCCGACCUUUGGACCUUCGGCUUCUCUCUUUCUUUCUCUGUCUCUGCUCUUCAGUCUUCUCCCAUCCGACUGUUGCUCGUUCCCCUCUUACUGUAGCAUCUGUGUACGAGUCGCUGUAAAUGGUCAAUUCUCGUAUGAAAAAGAGCAUCCUGCCCCCCCCCCACCUCCACCUCCUCCUCCUACCUGCACUACCUGUUUUGGCUUUCUUGAUAAAAUGGGAGCGGGCACUGGUCGUUUGCAUCUGCGGACUAGAAAGUUCUGACGCCUCUGCAUUACUCAGUCCACCGCAUGACAUUAUAGGCAACGACAUAAAUCUUCUAUCGUGUCUAUCGUGUCCGGUUCUGGACUGGGAGAAGUGUAAUUCUGUUUUGUUUUGUUUUUCUGUGCAAUGGUUUGUCCACUAGUUGCUUGGCACUUUAUUUGUGGCCUCCUGGCUUUUGAGCAGGGACUGUUCUGCCCGAUGUGAAUGCUGACUCUCUCACUACAGAUGAAUUGUCAAAGAAAAGAUGAAUUCUUUAUUUUCCUUUGUAAACUAUAUUUUAGCGUAUCUUGUUUUUUUUCUUUUGUUCUUUAAUCCGUGAAGAUUUUAGGAGAUGCAACACUAGAAAGGGCUUUACUCCAGUGCAGCUUGCACGCUCGUGUUGGGAAGGAACGGCGCUCCGAAUGUAUUUCUCCCCCCCCCCCCCCCCCAUACACACACACAUCUGAGUGAGUCACGUACAAACAGUGACAUUAAAACCACCCGAGUGCAGUGGUUAGUUUCAGCAUCAAAUAGACUCGACACUCACGCUGCCACUAACAACGCAACAGUGCUGCCUCUGCAGUCUCCCCUCAUGAAAUUAUCCAGACCCUAAAACGCCAGUUAAAUGACGAAUGUGUGAUUCCUGUCAAAACUCCAACAUGUGCAGUUCUCCUGCAGAACACCCUGAUCUACCAGAUGUGUACAGCUGCUAGAAACAUGGUGGAUAAAGCACGGGGAGCUGCAGGAUGUGUGAAGGUCACCAAGUUGGAAACUUAGAAAUGAAAUGAUGACGUAUGAGACCAGGACGUUUCACUCGUCACACAGAGGAAACAGCAGAGGUUAAGAGUUGGAUUUAAGAAGCUAAUACGACUUUGAUUAGUGUUGGAGCUAGAAUGUCACUCAGUGGAGCACAUGCCUCCGCCCGGGCCCCCCAGUCUAAUAGGGAAAACCAAUUAAAUUCAGGUUUUAUCAUCAAGAUCCAUGAAUUAUUCUCUGAGAAAACGAAAAAACUCAGAUAACCUGGAUCCACCCCCUCAUCUAAGUCUACACUUUGCAUUAGUGUCACCAAAUCUAGUGAGUCUGAAACUAAACACUGAAUUGUAAAAAAAAGUAAAAUCUGGCCAAUGAACUAAAACUGAAGGUCAAUUUUUCAAACACGAGAAAGACGGAUCACAUCAACUCAUCUUCCACGUCUCGUAGAUCAUUGACAUUUCAUUCACCUGCUUCUUUUAGGUUGAGACUCCACUUGUCUUUUUAGCACAGCCCAUGUUCCCCUUGUGUUAAAAAGUCUUGAAUCAAAAUCUGAAAACGCAGAUGAGUGAAGCUCAAACAGGCGUCCUGUGUUUCCCGGGUCCUCAAAACAAAAGCUUAGAGUCGCUGCUCAGUCGUUUUUCUGCUUUUUCCCUGAGAGCUUUAGGUCUGAAUAACGUGUCCCUUUAAUAACCUGGGUUUUCUAACCACAAUUCACAGAAACAUGUAAAAGGUUAUGGAAAAAAAAACAACACUGUUUAAGUUCCACUUCAAGCUUAUAGUGAGAAUAGCAUUAUAAUCACUGUUGUCCUGUAAGUCGUAGUAAAAAGAUCUGUAGUUACUUAUCUGUUGCCGUGAUUCUCCUUAUGUGACCAUUUGUUUAUAAGAGGAAAGAAAAAUGUCAAUUAAAUUGAAUGUGGAAAAACAGAUCUUUCUCUGCACAUAGUCUUGAUUUGCAGAAUAAUGUCAAUUCAGAAAUAAACAAACAAACAAACAAACUGUCAUCUUACGACAUGGCAGCAGCGUGUUGCUGUGGACAUGCAUGAUGUUUCGAUCCUGUUGUAUAUUGUCUUUGCUAUCGUUUCUAUUUUGUAAUCUGUAUUUCCAAAUGCAAAAUUUAACAGAUUAUUUUGGAUAUGUGCAUGCUUGUGAAAUGUGCAGAAUGUUGAUUUCCACUAAAAGCUGUUGAGUUUGA